AAGAAUUUGUUUAUUCAUAAGAUUAUUUCGAUUUUGAAUAUUUCAGCUCAUUACAACCUACAGGGUGGAUUACAACACUGUUAGGCGAAGAAAGCUUGCCAUAAUCUCUGUUUCAAGGUCUCCUUACUAAAUCAUCAGCAUGAAUUACUCCAUCGCCUUUGUGGUGGCUUUGAUGUUGUGCUCUUUGCCAGGAGGUGAGUUCAUCCAAUGUUAUUUACAUGUUUACGCUGUAUUCAGCCUUUGUGCACUUCAACACUAGACUCCUCCUAAACUCUACAAGAAAAGUAUGAUUACUUAAGCUGACGAUUGAAAUUAGGCCUAUCUAUUUUUCUUUCUUUGAAUGGUUAUUUGAAUUGGUGGCUACAGAGCGAAAAAUAUCCUGAAAAUUGGAAAUCGUCUCUGUACUAACGGAUACGUUUAUAGUUUAAUAGAUGACGCUGUGGAGUAAACGGGAUACGAAUUCUGCGAAUUCCUCCGUAGAAAGCAUAGUUUUUUUUUCAGGGAGGCUGUUGCUUUCAAUCAAAGUAACGAAAUGUAUCCUUCGAAAAACAUUUAUUCGUAAGCUAUACAAUAUUGCGACCCUCGUACAGCUACUGCUUUAUAUUAUACUAUACGUCGCAUUCUACAUUCGCAGAAAUUGUUCUUUCUCUUGAAAAAAGCUUUUUUGUCGGGAUAAAGAUUAUCCUAUUCCAAGGCAAGUUUCAAUUUGAUAGUGAUGAAAAAUUGAAAAAAUAUUGGUAAAAUCGUACAAGAGAUCAUGUUCAUCGCCAAAAAAGGAAAUUGUGAUAAACUUCAACAUCUACGGCACAUGUUGUCAUGCCACACAAACUCCACCAAUCAAAAAUCAAUAAUUUCACGCCACGCUGAUCACACCAUUUCAGUCAUACACUCGCGUGAUUAUGCACCUGUUAGCGAAACGUAAAGAAAUAUCAUAAAUUCAGAAAAAGACACGGUUAAAACUAAAUUCAAUUAUUUUUAUCAAUAUCUCCGAAACUACCGCAAGAAAAUUAUUUAUUUACUUAUUCGUCGACGGUUCCACAACUUACAAAAAUAACCGAUAUAGAUUGGAGCACCUUCUAAGCUUCUCGAGCGCCCUGAAAUUUGAUUUGAAUUUUCACUGAUGAUAAACUUGAAGUUCAACCCUUUACUUUCACUUUCAUCGUUACUUUCUUAAACGAAAUCCUUUACAUCGCAUGUGUGCAAAUAUUUUAAAUUCCCUAGCCGCCCAACGUUGUUCUCGUGGCGAGAUUUGUGAUGUUCAACACCUAUGUUUUAAUAAUAAAUUAACGCUUGCUAAGAAUAAAACACGGUCAAGAUUCUCAAAAUCAAUUCGCAUAUUUUUCUUUUAUCAUUCAUUUGAUAUCCACAACUGUAUACAUAUUGAAAAUUUUGGUGCUGUAUAAGAAAAACUGUAUCAUGUUUCUCAAAAAAUUAUAUUGAAUCGAAAUUUCUCCAAAGCAGGGAAAAAUUAGUUAUUACUUUGCUAGAUAUGUGUGAAGCUUCCGAAGCAUUCCUAUCUUCAGUAUUUUGAAACAUUUUCUACGAAGGACGAACCUACCUUUUUGGUGACACUUUUCACUUUAUAAAACUGUUCUAAUGAGGCCUUAAACUGUUGUUUAAAUAGGGAUAGGAAAAUGUUCCGGGCGCGCUAUAUAUCCGCAAACAAAGUGGAGGGUGAAAUGUGUAAAAGAUGUGACUUCUGUAUGAAAGCUAGAGAAAUAAACUGUGAAUGGAACACAAGGCUCCAAUGAUAGACUGUCUCUAGACAAAGGACCUCUAAAAGUGCCAAAAGAAUGGUCUUUAAAAUAAAAUACUACAAUAGAAGGUCUGCGAAUUCACUACAUUCCUCCCGGGAAUUGAAUGUAAGCUCGCACUUUCUAAUGUAAAACACUUCAUAAAGGCGUAGAUUAACGGGGUCGUUUUCGCUCAUAAUAAUCUUGACAUCAAUGCCUUUAUAGUCUUUGUUCUGGCAGGAAUAGAUAUAUUUUUUCAUAGACGUGUUUUCUUUAUUUAGAUGUUUUUUUACGCGGUCGUGGAUGAAGCGUGUCGUGUCUAUAUCGUUGAUCGCAGCUGCAACACGUGAGCUGAUAUACUGCAUUUCGUCGUGAACACAAUCCGGUGUUAGAGAUGGGGCAUUUGUCUCUAGUGCUUUUGCGCUCCUUGGGGGUAUGGGAUAGGGCUUGUUUGAGCGUGCAGGAUUUGUGGGCAAUGCGUACCGGUAUGCAUUUCACAUUCUUUAGAUUUAGACCCUUGCCUUUCCCUUCACUGGAACAUCCUGACAAUAUCCUAACCAUCACGGUUUCAACUCCUCUUUCAGUCCGAGGGAUAACAUGCAAGUUAUGCAUACCAGAUGAGAAGACUUUUAAAGUCUGCGACAAAGCGUCCGAACAGGUAGAAGUAGACUGUGAUGUUCAGCCUCCACCAGAGAAUCUGACCCAGCUAUGGGAAAACCGGACAUAUGAUGCAUGCUAUACAGCCCAAAUUGAAGCACUAGCCGUGGGGAAAACAAUCAAGACCUUUGUUUUUGGCUGUGGUGUUAAGGUAAAUCAAAGUGAUAAUUUGUAAUUUGAGGAGACUCAAAUCAGAUAGCUGUCGCCAAAAAAAAACAAAAGAAUAUAAAUUUGACGUUAUGGGGUGGUUGUAUUUUAUGACUGUAAAUCUCGAAGUUUCUUUCCUUAACGAACCUCUACAAGCAGUCACUUGCCUUUCUCCAGGGGUUGUCUUGCAAUAACUACUGUUCUUUUGUUCAGGUGAAUUCCUCCAGUGCCUCGGUUGUGAACUGCUCAUUAACUCAACAAUACGUUUGUGCAGACGCAAAAGCAAGGGCAGGGCAAUUAGCGGAGAUCAAAUCCUGCAGCGUGGAAUGCUGUGACACGGAAGCAUGUAAUACUCACCCCACCGUUACCCCAUCCACAACUAAGGCCACAACCACACCUACAGGCGGCACAGACCAAGCACGAUCGUCCCGAUUUGGGUUUCUUCUCGUAUUUCUUGUCUACCUCAUGGAAAGUCUUUUUCAAUCAGCCUAACUGCCUCUCCGAACCAUCUUUUGAUCAUUUUAAUGUGUAAUUGUUGCUGCAUAGUUUCAAAGCGCAAUUGGUGCAUCACUAUUUAGCACUGAAAUUCGUCUGUAUUCGAAUAUAUUACAAUCUUGCUGACAAUGACUUUCUGUAAGGGACAGUUCAUUAGAAAUUAAAGGUAUGACUCACAACUUUGUUAUCAUAUAAACGAAUUUUGAGGUCUGGUACGUUCACAUCCAUGUCUUGCAUGUGAUGACUACUUAGGGACAAGUAUGGGUAUUUGUUAAGUUCAUUUCGAUUGCAAUUUUUUUUGUUUUUCGUUGCAUAUCCUAAAAUUGACUGAUUGAUUGAUUGAUCAAUUGAUUGAUUAUUUGAUUGAUUGUUUGACUAAUUAAUUGAUUGAUUGAUUAAUAGAUUGAUUGGUCUAUUAAUUUAUUGAUUGAUUGAUCGAUCGAUUGAUUAACUCGUUCAUUGGAUGGUGGAUGAAUAUAUUGUUUAACGAAGGCCUCAUAUUGUAUCUUUUAAAUUUUAAAAGCAUUAGGAUAAAAAAAGGAAACAUUUUCAUAGCUCUAAAUUGCACGAGGAGCAACUGAAAAAUGCACUCGCACUUAUUACAAUUAGAUUUGCAUCCUGGACGAGUAAAUCUGCAUUUUUGGGGGUAAUUGUCUCGUUGUCAAGAUUAUUGAGUUACAUCUGCAAUAUUUUUCUUUUUUCAAGUUUAUAACUAAUAUUUUUUCAAUUUUGUUGCAGGUUUUUCUUUUUACGUAUAAGAUAAAAAAAUUUGAAACAUAAGUCUGGCCAUGAUAAAUCCUCUAGAUAAAUAUAUAUACACUUAGUUCAAAUGUUAAUGCUUACUAGUGGAUAAAGAGAAACGGAAUUAAUUCUUUCGAUACUCGCAUUGCUAACAGAAAAAAGAAACUUGAAUAAAUGUGGCCUAGUACCAAACAGUUUAAAAUCUUUUGUCGACUCCUGUGUUUAAAAUCAUGUUGAAUGCCAGGAACUAAUGCAGGCGCUCUGUCAGCAAUAAUAGAAAAGAAAAAAAUUCAAAAAAAUUUGUCACAUGCAUUCCCGCCAUCUCACACGUGCACAUCAAACU